CACAGAGCCACUCUUCGUUGUGAACAGUCACAAGAAGUUGACUCGCAAAGCUUGAUCUCUCUUGGCGUGCACACAACUCGAAUAAUAAAACCUCGAAAUAAACUCCAUGCUAAUCGCGUGGGCAUUCAGUCGGAAAUUCCUGCUCAUUUUUCUGCUUUGUGGAUAAUUCUUUAGUGUUAUUCCUCUAAUUUCUAUAUUUUUUUCUUCUGUGUUUUUUUUUUUUGGUGUAAUUUUUCGUGGGUGUAUGGGUGAUUUUCCUUCCUUUCUCGGAUACUGAAUUGCGCAUUGAACACUGUAUUCUUGUAGCAUCUCUAUGUAUCGGAAGUGGUGAGAAAAAAAGUGUAAUAUUCAUAGUGCAAGUAUUUGUUUUCCAACUAAGAUAAUCCAUUGGGCUCUUUUAGUCACUCCCAAUCUCAAGUUUUAUUGAGUUUCUGUGAGUGAUAUUUUGGGUGAUUGUUGUGAGUGCAUUUAGUUAAAACAAAAAUAAAAAAAAACAAGUUGCAGAGGAGGAGGAGAAAUCAAGGGAUUUUCUAGGGGACACUCGACGACAAGUCGUCCCAAAUUGACAAACGUCCUCCACAAGGCCCAUGAGUUUGGCCUGAAGACAAUCGCUCUGUGUGUGAUCUACUCAGCCCAGCGGAAUUUCCCGCCAGAUCUGGGGGCUCACAUUGCCCUACGCACCACACGGCGCUUCCUGGAGCAGUACAAGAGUGAAACUGUGGUGCUGUGCCUGGAAUCUCACGAUCGAGGGAUCUAUGAGGUGCUGGCUCCACUCUACUUCCCCCGGAACGACGUAGAGGAGAGCAGUGCCCUGUGGAAACUGCCACGAGACAUUGGGGGCAUCCUGGGUGAACCCCAGUACCCGGACAGACAGAUCCGCAUCAUUCACAAUCCACAGCACGCCGUCAUGAUUGGAGCGGAUGAUGACUCCGACACGAGCCCCCACGAUCUCGAGGGGGGUGAUAUUGAUCUCGAAUAUGGACCUAUGGGAGGAUCAGGCUACAGUCUAGGAUCUCACUUCAAUAUUGGCCAACAUUCCUUCUCCCAAAUGCAGGGUGAUCUCGAUCGACAGCGACUUCUUGGUGAUCGACCACGGGCUGGUGUUUACGAGAGUGUCAUUGACGAUGGUCUAGAGGGCAUAGAACACCAAGAAAGGUACGAAAAACUCCUUCGUCGAGCACGCACGGAGGACCUAUCGGAAGUUUCAGGGAUCGGAUGUCUCUAUCAGAGUGGAGUUGAUCGUCUGGGUCGUCCUGUGGUAGUCUUCUGUGGCAAAUGGUUUCCUGCCCAAAAUGUUGACCUCGAGAAGGCCAUGCUGUACUUGAUUCACCUCCUGGAUCCCAUCGUUAAGGGUGACUACGUGAUCGCAUACUUCCAUACUCUCACCAGCUCCAACAACUACCCCUCCCUCCAUUGGUUGAGAGAUGUCUACAGCAUAUUGCCAUACAAAUAUAAAAAGAACUUGAAGGCUUUCUACAUUGUUCACCCUACAUUCUGGACAAAAAUGAUGACCUGGUGGUUCACAACGUUCAUGGCCCCCGCCAUUAAGGCCAAGGUCCACUCCCUGCCCGGUGUUGAGCACCUGUAUGCUGCCAUCACCAAGGACCAACUCGAGAUUCCUGCUUACAUCACCGAAUACGAUAUGACGGUCAACGGUCUUCAUUACUUCCAACCAGACUCACAGACUUCGCCAGCAUCCUAAUUGUCUGCAGACAUUGCCUACGUCUAAGAAAUCUCUCAAAGUAUUCUUUUUUUCUGGAUGAGAUUGCAGAAUAAUAAACGGUGAAUGUCGCAAAUUACUUGCUCUAAAUUAUAAUUAUAUUAGCCUAAGCCACAUUAUAAAACGAUAAAAGAGUAGAUGAUAUAGAAAUUACUCUGGGUAAUUAAUAAGAUAUAAAGAGAAAAUCUAGAGAUAGAUUGCGCAAAAUCGCGAUGAAAGAAUCAAAUGUAGGUAGUCGGUGAAGAAAUUGCGACAAACUUUGAAAAGAAUGUCGAAAGGAGUGAAAUUUACAAUUAAUAUUCUUAUGAACAAAAAAAAAAUGGAAAAUCAUUAAACAAUUAAUAGCGAUAACAAAAAAAAUAUUGCGUAAUUUUCCUUCUAGAUCAAUUUUCAACAUUUCUCUCGGUAUAUAUUGUUGUCUAAUUUCCUGUAGUUUAAGAGAUGAUUAGAGAACGUAUUAGAUGGAUUCGGAUUUUUCUUAAAUAUUUCUCCAAGAUCAAAUAGGUCAAAAAACAAAAAGAAAACAAGAAUGUUAAAGGGUAUUGAUGCUUAAGUUGUUACGUCCCUAAAGUGCCUAAUAGGAUUAUUUUGCUUGUAAAUUCGAUAUAUUUAGGAUGUUCUGCAAUCAUCAAUGUUGAUUUAUUGAAAAUUGAUUUAGGGAAAAAGAAAAUUAAAAAAAUACCUUUAGGUAAGAUUAACUAAAAAGGAAAUCAGUGAAACAUUUAUUCCCAUAAUGCUUAAUUAGUUAAUAAACUAAAAGAAAAACAGUUGACGUUAACCGUAGAUGUAUAAAGAAUUAUUCUUUUUUCGAAGGAGAAACAUCAUUUAAAAAAAACCGUUGUUGAUUUAAAAAAAGAAUAAGCAGAAGAAUAAACUGUUAUUACUAAAAGACUAUGCUAAAGUGAAGAUCAAUAAAAUUAGCAACUUCACAAAUGAAAAUUAUUAAAAGAUCUUGUUGAAAAAAAUAUUUUCUAUAGUAUCUAGGAAAAGCCCUAUAAGUUUAAGUAAUUUUUGCAUUUCUCGUGCCAAGUUAACCCAUCAUCUUCAUAAAGUUUUUUGCAAAGAUGAUAACUGAGCUUUUUCCCAAAAAAAAAAAACAAAAAUUAACUUUUACUCAUCCCUUUUCUUCUUUUCUAUCCAAAAAAAACUAAACCUUCAACAACCACCGCAAGGUCAAACAGAUUAAUGAACCCCAGAUUAACGAGAAAACCACCUGAAAUCAACGUAUUUUCUAUACAUGUACAUUAAAAAAAAAGAAGCAAAAACCUAUUAAAAAAUCACUUAACAAAUUCACGAUGUACAAAAGAAGAAACAUGGUGAGAAAGUUAUUUUUUAGAGAGUCAUAGAAAAGAAUAUUUAAAAAAAAGAAUUCAAAGUUAUAACAUGUUACUAAAAAUGCUUAAAAAAUAUUUGUAAAUAACAGGGUAUAUAAUUAAAAAAAAAACAUUAUUUUCAGCCGAAUUUUUCUCGAAUUUUUCGCGGCUUGAUCAUAUUUUCCCCUCAGAAAUGAAAGCAAUUCCAUUUGAAUUAGAAUUCGAAUAGCAAAACAAAUAAAUAAUUAUUAAAAAAAAAACCUGCAUGAUUGAUUAAUGGGAAUGAGAUAAUUCAAGAAGAAAAAGACAAGAUACUGAGAUAGAAAAGAAAAUAUUUUAAAUUGUAGCUAUAUACUUUUGAAAAAAAAAAUGAGAAAUAUUUGAAUAAAUAUAUUGAAAAAGAAGAUAAUGAUAUUGGCAAUCGUUUGGCGAGUGUGAUUUAAUAUUAAAGAGGGUAAUAAAGCAUUGUAAUUAACUCUAUCGUUAUCAUGUAUUCUUGUAAAUAGCCUCUCUCUGGUUAAUCCCAUUUGAAAUGUAAAAAAAAUGAAACAGUUAUAAUUGAAAAAAAAGCUGAAAGUUUGUUACGAAAUAUUGUUAGUUGCAGAAUCUCUCAAACAAUUCAAAUUAAAUUCAGAAAUAAAAUCACUUCCAUUAGCACAAAAAA